AUGCAGUUCCUCCUCGUCAAGUUGAGGAAACUCCUCUUGUCCUUCAAAGCUGGGAGAAGGCCUCACGCGUGCGAACGUGUCCGUGACGGACACCUCCUUAAUGGCAAUGGUGGGCGGCGCCAAGGCCAGCAGAGCCAAUUACAAUGGUGGAAUGACGCCAUAUUGCGUGCGAGGGUGAGUGACAAGAAGGGUGUGAAGCGAAUUUGCCUCAGCACGGUCAAGCACCACGCAAGGAAACGAUAUCGUGUGCGCCGCACCGCCAUCCGUCGCAGUCUCAGGGUACCCAAGUGUGGUGCUUCCCUCAGCAAGCCCCGCGUUCCCACCAACGUACGUCAGGACAAAUGGCACGCUUUGAAUGCCUUGAAUUAG